CGCGUGUGAGAGUGUGCGUGUUCAGUGUCGGAGUGAGUGUGUGUGUGUGUGUGUGUGUUGACGCCCGAAAUUUUUUGUUAUUCCGUCACACACGGCACACUACACCAGUAAAAGUGCUGCGUACGAGAUCGUCUGGCUUUUAGGUAUACGCAAAAUUUGUCGACGUCUUUUUUAGCGGUUUUUCUGUACGUGCGCAGUGUUUUUUGUUUUUUGUUUUUUUUUUUUUUUAAUUCGUCCUCUCCCCGCCCACCUACACCCGCAGUACGCGCCGGCCAAGCCGAAUUACAUGUAGCGUAGUAGUACCCGUGCGUCUCGCAGACGAUUUUGUGUUUUUGUUGUAUAUUUUCGUUUUUAUUUUUUCGUUCUCUUGUGUUUUGCCGUUUUUUUCUACCGGCGUCGGUCCGUGUGUGUAAAUCUGUCGGGUACAUUCCGUACACAGGUUGAAGAUCGCUGCAGGCAGCGUUCGUGUGCGAUUACGACCAGCGAGAACACUUAUCUAGUGCUCUGUGCUGCUUACUCACCAGUGUUCAAGUAGGAGUAAUUCCAUAGCAGCAACAUGCAGACCAUCAAGUGCGUUGUUGUUGGUGAUGGAGCUGUUGGUAAGACUUGUCUGCUCAUAUCUUACACAACAAACAAGUUUCCUUCAGAAUAUGUACCGACUGUUUUUGACAAUUAUGCGGUGACAGUUAUGAUUGGUGGGGAGCCAUACACAUUAGGUUUAUUUGAUACAGCAGGUCAGGAAGAUUAUGAUCGCCUCAGACCUCUGAGUUAUCCACAAACUGAUGUGUUUCUUGUUUGUUUCUCUGUGGUAUCACCAUCUUCAUUUGAAAAUGUCAAAGAAAAAUGGGUUCCAGAGAUAACACAUCACUGUCAAAAAACACCAUUCCUGUUGGUUGGUACACAAAUAGACCUUAGAGAAGAUGCCACAACUGUGGAGAAAUUAGCCAAAAAUAAACAAAAAUCAAUAUCAUUUGAACAAGGAGAGAAGCUAGCUAAAGAACUUAAAGCUGUGAAAUAUGUUGAAUGCUCAGCACUUACACAAAAAGGACUAAAAAAUGUAUUUGAUGAAGCUAUUCUUGCAGCUUUAGAGCCUCCUGAACCAGUUAAAAAGAGGAAGUGUGUUAUAUUGUAAGGCUGCGGAUAAAUAAACAGGUGCGACAAUUAUGUCAUAAAAAUAUUUAAGAUAAAACAAUUAAAAUCAUGAUUUAGCAUGGAUACAAUAAUGAAAUAAUAAUUAU